ACACUUAAUAAGAGCGAGCUCAAAGUCCAGGUCACACAGAUUGAAAUGAACUAGUUCAUGUUCAUAAGUCACAAUUUGAAUUUUGAACUUAAAUUCACAGUCACAAAAAAAUUAUUUAGUUUAUGAUCACGUUUUCCAUUGUUUUAAAUAAACUGAAUCUUGUGAUCAUUAACUUGCAAAUAUUUCUAAGGACUGAACGGAUGCUUUAACUUGAUUUGUCAUUUUAAAGUUGUUGCAGAUGUCGCUGAUGUUUGGACGUGCACAACUUGCACGUAAAUGUGAGAUUUUGUACAAAUCUGAACUGAUUUGUUCAUAAAAGUCCUUCAAAAAAUAUCCAUAUGAACUGGCUUCAGCAGUCGCUGUAGCUUUGUUGUCCUAGGUGCCGUCAACACAAGCUGUGCAUGUUGAAGUUCAUAAAUUGCAAAUCGAUGUGUUUUGUUCACCAUUUACCACAAAUAUGAGCACAUUCAAUGAACACGCUCCGUUUGUGUGUUCAUGCACAGCACUGAGUCGGACUGCAGAGGUUUGACGUCUUCUAACAGGUUGUUUUGUUUGCCUGCAGGUGAUGUACUUCAGCUCCCUGUUCCCGUACGUCGUGUUGAUUUGCUUCCUGGUUCGGGCUCUGCUCCUAAAGGGCUCUGUGGACGGGAUUCGACACAUGUUCACACCCAAGUUGGAGAUCAUGUUGGAGGCCAAGGUGUGGCGAGAGGCGGCCACGCAGGUCUUCUUCGCCCUGGGCCUCGGCUUCGGCGGCGUCAUCGCCUUCUCCAGCUACAACAAGCGGGACAACAACUGCCACUUCGAUGCCGUCUUGGUGUCUUUUAUCAACUUCUUCACCUCCGUGUUGGCCACCCUGGUGGUGUUCGCAGUGCUGGGCUUCAAAGCAAACAUCAUGAACAGCAAGUGUGUCGCACUGAACACCCACAAGAUAGUGACGUUAUUGGGGAAUGGCAUUGAAGAAAGCCUGAUCCCCCACCACAUCAACCUCACUCAGGUCAGCCAGGUCAGCACUGAAGACUACCACAAGAUGAUAGAGAUCAUCAGAGGGGUGAAGGAGGACAAGUUCGACGCGCUGGGACUGGAACCCUGCAGCAUUGAGAACGAGCUCAAUAAGGCGGUCCAAGGCACAGGCUUGGCCUUCAUCGCCUUCACAGAGGCCAUGACCCACUUCCCAGCCUCGCCCUUCUGGUCCGUCAUGUUCUUCCUCAUGCUGGUGAACCUCGGCCUUGGCAGCAUGUUCGGCACCAUCGAGGGCAUCCUCACUCCGCUGAUAGACACUUUCAAAGUCCGCAAGGAAUUUCUUACAGUGGGCUGCUGCGUGUUGGCCUUCUCCAUCGGUCUCCUGUUUGUUCAGCGCUCAGGGAACUACUUUGUGGCCAUGUUCGACGACUACUCGGCUACUCUGCCUCUGCUCAUAGUGGUCAUACUGGAGAACGUGGCAGUCGCCUGGGUCUAUGGGAUUGACAAGUUCUUUGAAGACCUGAAGGACAUGCUGGGCUUUACGCCGUACCGCUUCUACUACUACAUGUGGAAGUACAUCACACCCAUCCUGCUGCUGGUCCUCCUGUGCGCCAGCUUCAUCCAGCUGACCAUGACGCCGCCCAGCUACAGUGCCUGGAUACAGGAAGAGGCCAAAGAGCAGAGCUUGCGUUUCCCUGCGUGGGGCAUCGUGGUCUGCAUCUCCCUGGUGGUGGUGGCCAUCUUGCCAGUGCCCAUUGUCUUUGCCCUGCGCUACUUCAACAUCAUCGACGAGAACACUACCGGCAUCUCUACAGUCUCCUACAAGAAGGGCCGCAUCAUCAAGGAGACCGCCCGGCCGGGCGAGGACGACGACACCAGCCUGAUCCAAGGCAAGUCGCCCAGCGAGGCGCCCUCGCCGAUGCCUGGCAACAGCAUCUACCGCAAGCAGAGUGGCAGCGGUGGCCCUGACGCGGACACCGCACCCAAUGGCCGUUACGGUAUCGGUUACUUGAUGGCCGACAUGCCGGACAUGCCCGAGUCGGACUUAUAGACUGACUUUAGUAAGCCCUGCCCGGCCGUCCCGGCUGGCCACUCCUCCCCUCCACCCCUCUGCGUGCGUUUAGUUGGCCGUAUCAUACAUGUAUAUUUCAAUUGUACUGUAUAUUCUUUGUAGAUAUCGUAGCUGCUCUCUUAUUUGUCGUCUCUGAACCUUACAUGACUGUCCACCUUUAAAAAGAUAAGGUGUGGGAAUAAAUGUCAUCCUCGUCUUACCCUUCACCCAUUUGCUUGGCUGCGUCCCAAACUCAUCUCUGGCCCCCGCUCCCUCCCUUUGCUGCCUCCUCCUUGUAGAUGCUGCAGGAGACAAUGUGUGUAAGCAAUAAGGAGGACGCUCCACCAGGCCUACUUGACCAAGAAUCUGCAAAGAGGAGUCUGCAGAGGAGCGAGUUGAGGGGUCAGGAGGUCACCUUGGGACCGCACCUGUGUCUGUGGGCUGUGUAAAUCAAGCCAGCUUCAAGUCCUGCUGUAAAAAAUGGUCAUGUACAUUAUGAUCCCAAACUGCUGGCCAACAAGUCGUGAGUGUAGUAGCAGUUUAGACGCUCUGGGAGGCGUAACGAUGCAAGACGCAGCAGGUCCUUCCUGCUGAAAGUUCAGGUCAACCCAGUUCAAACAGCGAGAGGAUGGCCUUUGAAAACCACUCCCAUGAUUGUUUGAGACUAAAGUGUGCCUAAGUAAUUUAUAUUUGUUUAUAGAAUACAUGAUGGACGUUGUAUAUUUAAGGUAUUCUGUAAAUAUAAUAUAAAUAUUAUAAAUAUAUUUAUCUUGAUAGUUUGGAUAUCAGAACACCAUGUUUUUAAGGUUCAGAAGUACUUCAAAUCCUUAACCUUUGUGUCUUUGUUUUUUACUAAUGUGCUGUCGAUGUUUGUGAGGACCAAGUCCUCCCUGUAAAUAUUUUUUUUUCCAUGAAAUGGCUUCAAAUGCAUCUUUUUUUCCCCGUCAAAAUUAAAGAUCAAAUAUGGUCC